CUUCUGUCACCCGUCAUGUCCUGUUCUAAACGCGUCCUAUCAGCUCCUGGCCCCUCAAAACCACUUACUGACUCGUACACAUACCAUUCUCCAACCCCCACAGCACCAGGACCGUACAUAGUAGGCGUGGAUGAAGCAGGCCGAGGACCUGUCUUAGGACCGCUCGUUUAUGGCAUCGCAUACUGCCCAGCUUCGUACAAGGAGGAUAUGGAAGAGUUGGGCUUUGCGGACUCCAAGACGUUAAAUUCGGAUACGCGGUUAUCACUACUGAAUACCCUCAGCUCGCAGCCCGAAAACUUGGGAUGGUCUGUGAGAGUUGUAAGUCCUCAAGCAAUAUCUAGUGGAAUGCUUUGUCGGCCCCCUACAAACUUGAAUCGACAGUCCCAAGACGCUACAAUUCUACUUCUACGCGAGGUGCUAGCAAAAGGCAUACAAGUCUCGGAGGUCUACGUUGAUGCAUUGGGCACGACAACGACAUAUGAAGCAUACUUAUCCUCCCUUUUCCCUGGUAUUGACUUCACUGUCACGACAAAAGCCGAUUCCAAGUUCAAGAUUGUAGGAGCCGCCAGCGUUGCGGCGAAGGUGACGAGAGACGCCUGCGUUGAAGGCUGGACUUUUGAAGAAAAUAUCGGAAAGGAGGGGGAUAAGUGGAGCAAUGCCACCCUUGGUUCGGGAUAUCCUUCAGAUCCAAACACUCAAGCGUGGCUUAAGGGUUCAGUCGACCCCGUAUUUGGCUUCCCCAAGCUUGUGCGGUUCUCUUGGACAACGGUCAAGGUUAUACUUGAAAAAAAUGCGCACGCGGUCAAAUGGACUGAUGAAGGACAGGCUUCUUUAAUAAACGCCUUCGAGGCGGGACAAGGACUCGAUAAAAAUCGAUGUUCAGUUACAAAAGACCUCCACAUCACAAGCCUGAUAAUGCUGUAGAGGCCCUCUAUAAUGGAUACCUGGAUAUAGACGACUGCGUCAUUAUACACGGUGGUUUAACCGCUAAAAUUUAAACGAC